AUGUCGUCAAACGCCAGCAUUGAACAAGCAGGAGCUGAGCUAAAAAGCAAGAACUUUGCGAAAGCAGAGAUCAUCUAUAGGGAGAUUCUUCAAAAAGAUGUAAAGAAAGAUGACUCUCUAAUUAACGAGCAAGAACAAGCGAUAAUCGGCUUGAGCGAUCUCUAUGUUGCUGAAAAUCGUCAUGGAGAUUUAGCUAAAUUCGUGCAAGAAGUUAGACCGUUGAUGUCGAAUUUUUCGAAAGCCAAAUCAGCAAAAAUUAUUCGUACAUUGAUCGAUAAGUUUUCCGGUGCGAAAAGUUCACUACUUUUGCAAAUUGAAGUCACGAAAAGCUGUAGGGAAUGGGCUAUUGACGAAAAGCGAACCUUUCUUCGUCAAGCCUUAGACACGAAGCUUAUUUCUUUAUAUUAUGAAAAUAGCUCUUAUACCGAUGCCAUCAACCUAACGAAUACUAUUCUUUUUGAACUCAAAAGGAUGGAUGAUAAAAUGCUUCUCACGGAAGUUCAUUUACUAGAAUCUAGAGUUUAUCAUGCCAUUCGAAACAUUCCCAAAGCUCGUGCUUCCCUUACCGCUGCUCGUACGGCCGCUAAUGCCAUAUACUGCCCUGCUGCCCUUCAAGCCAGCUUAGAUAUGCAAAGCGGUAUUUUACAUGCUGAAGAGGCAGACUUUAAAACCGCUUACUCCUAUUUUUAUGAAGCUUAUGAAGGUUACAACUCAUUGGACGACGUGAAAAAGGCUCUUUCUUCUUUCAAAUAUAUGCUACUUUCUCAGAUCAUGUUAAACUCUAUAUCUGAGGUAAAAUCUUUGUUAACAGGAAAGCACUCUGUGAAGUACUCUGGAAGGGAGAUAGACGCCAUGCGUGCUGUCGCCCAAGCUCAUGAAAAUCGUUCUCUCGCUGAAUUUGAAAAGGCCUUACAAGACUUCAAGCAAGAAUUGGCCUCUGAUCCUAUAAUCCGUUCUCAUCUUAGCACUUUAUAUGAUAACCUCUUAGAACAAAACUUACUUCGUGUCGUAGAACCUUACAGUCGCAUCGAAGUUUCACACAUUGCCAAUUUGAUUGGUCUUUCUACCGUACAAGUUGAAGGUAAACUUAGUCAAAUGAUUUUAGACAAAGUGUUUUAUGGAAUUCUUGAUCAAGGUAGCGGCGUCUUAAUUGUCUUUGAUGAACCCCAACAAGAUAAAACUUACGAGGCUGCUUUGGAGGUCAUUAAGAACAUGGGAACAGUUGUUGAUCUUUUAAUUGAAAACAAAGCUUCUGCUUUACUUUAA